CAUCCCUUUGGAAAGGAGGAGGAAAAAAAGAAAAAGAAAAACUCACACAGGCAUACGACGGCGAGAAAAGAGCGAGGGAAAAGUUGGGAAGGAGGAGAGGAAAGCGAAAAGACAAAUGAAAAAGGUGGACACUGCAGCGGGAGCCAAAAAAAAAGAAAAACAAACAAUUUGAACCCUGAGGGCAGAGAGAAGUAUGUGCUAACGCUGCACAGUGCGCUUCAAGUGCAAGUCUCAGCAUGGCCUUCACAGCCGGACCAGUGCCAAAAGGCUCAUAGUUUUCCCCUGAUAAGCCAUGCCACUCCACAAACCAUCCCGGGCCCACCGCCUGGACCCCACCAUGAUCUCCGCCCCCCUGGGGGACUUUCGCCACACCAUGCACAUCGGCAGGGGAGGCGACGCCUUUGGAGACACCUCCUUCUUGUCCACCGCUGGUCCCAGUCCGACCACUUCCGAGCUGAGUGGUUCUGGGAUCUUGCCGGCUGCUGACCCGGAGGUAGCGGUGAACCACGGCCACCUUUGGGAGGAUGCUCCACAGAGCCCACAGCUCCAGCACUCGGAGUCCGUGUCUUCCUUGACCAUGGACCUGGACCUGGACCUGGAUCUGGAUCUGGGUCCGUCUAUCCUUGGGGACGUUUUAGGGGUGAUGGACAGUUUGUCGCUGUGCUCCAACGGGGAGGCCGUGCUCAGCCCAAAGAGUGACACAUCAGUGGUGGAAACGAAGACGAUCAGGGGGAACGUGGAGACGUCUGUAAACGGGAAUGGCUUGGAUGAAGACGGCAGGAUACCAGACGAGAACGGAUUGAAGUCCAGGGGGCUGAAACCCAAGGUGAGGUUCAGCGACAAGCGAGAGGAGAUCAUUCGCCAGCCAUCGGAAGAGGACGAGGGUCAAACCUACGACCUCCACGACGACGAGGAUGGCGAUGAUCAGCUGGGAUGCCACAGCAGCCCGGUGAGAGACGACAGCGGGAGGAGGAAGAGUCCGGCGGGAGAACCCGAGUUGAGCAACCACAACGCAGAUUUGCCUCCCAGUCCUUCUUCAUCGCACAGCUCAGGGUCGGACGGGGUCACCGAGCUGGACAGGAGGAGGUCAGAGGGCGUCCACUCAGAGACUGAUUCAGAGGAGGAUGAGGAGGAAGGACGGGGCUACUCAUUUGAAGACGAGUCCGAUGAUGAAAUCGGUCUAUAGGGGACAGGUAUUCACGUUCCAUGUGAACAGUUUGAAAAUACAGUCGAAGCCAGAUAUUUACAUACACCAUGACAAGAAACAUAACCUCUUUUCUCACCGUCUGACAUUAAAUCAAACCAUUUCGUUCCAGUUUUAAUAACUGGUUGAUAAUAAUGGCUUUUAAAAAGAGCCAUGUGGAGAUUUUGACUGAAGCUGAUCAAAUUAGUAUUAUAAUUCACAGUGAAAAUGGUCCCUUUAUCAGCUUAGAGUAGAUGAAUGUGCUAUACAAAACAUGUUUAUUACAUUUUUUGCACAAAAUCAUUCUGAGAUAAUGAGAUUUUAGUCUAAUCAAUUCUGUCUAUUUUGAGCAGAAUGAGCUGUUUUAGGGCCUUUUGUCGCUUUAAAUCUAAAUAAGCUGCUACCGGCCACGCCACCCAAAAAUAAAUGUUUACACGUGAAAAUGGCAGAAAACAGAUGCGCAACUAUUCAAUCGUGCAGCUUUGAAAAGCAGAAGUAGAGCCUCCUGUAUAACCAAUGAGAAUGCAACAACUGGUUUCUGGAUGGUAAGUUGACAUUGUACAGCGCAUACAGCUGUAAACCCUGCUGACCAAAGGUGCUGGAACUCAACUUGGGUUGCUAGGCAAUGGGCUGGUUUUGGCAGGGGUUGCUAGGUAACGGACUUUGCUUCGGUGGGGUUGCUGAUGGUCAGUAGCCGCUGGUUUGUGACGUUACAUUCAGAAGAUUUUUGAAACAGCUAAUUUUUCAGACAUCAGGGAACAUUAACGUUUUACUGGACUUUUUUUUUUAAAGUACUUAGGCUCUUUUUAGAAACAGUUGAGACCAAAAUAGAAGUACAAAAUGUGAACCUUGCGUAAUAGUUCCCAUUUAAAGAGCUAAAUUAUAGUUUGCCAAAGCCCUGAGGGAUAAAGAAACUAAUCUUUGUAAAAAUGUCCUGUGGUCUGAUGAAACUAAAAUUGAAACGUUUGGCCUGAAUGAGCAUCGUAACGUAUUACAGAAGAAGGUGGAAGCUUGCAAGCCUUAAUUAUGGAGGUGACAGUAUGAUGUAAGAGUGUUACUGGAGGAGGGACUAAUCUAUAAAAUAGAUGGCAUGAUGGGAAAUGAACGACAUGUGGAAACAUUUAGGCAGCAUCUCAAGACAUCAACCAAAAGGUCAAUGCUUGGGAACAAAUAGGUGUUUCAAAUGAACAAUAACCGCCUAAUUAAAAAAAACAAAAAAAAAAAC